AUGGCGCCCCCGACAGAGGCAGUGGAAGGUCCCGCCCCCCAAAUGGCGCCCCCGACAGAGGCGGUGGAAGGUCUUGCCCCCAAAAUGGUGCCCCCGACAGAGCUGGUGAAAGGUCCCGCCCCCCAAAUGGCGCCCCUGACAGAGGCGGUGGAAGUCUGCGGGCGCCAGGGCCCUACGAAGCGAAUCGUUGGGGGCUCGGAGGUGCAGGAUGGGGAGUGGCCCUGGCAGGUCAGCCUGCGACUCAAUGGCACCCACCACUGCGGGGGGUCCCUCAUCGCCCCACAGUGGGUGCUGACGGCAGCUCACUGCUUCAGAAAGACCAGGAACCCCUCCCAGUUCUCAGUGCUACUUGGGACCCACAAGCAGCUGCACCCCAGCCCGCCUGCUGUCACAGCCUCCGUGGGGCAGAUUGUCCCCAACCCCCGCUACGGGGGCAAAGUCUCCAGUGGGGAUAUCGCCCUGGUCCAGCUAGAGAGGCCUGUGAACCUCACCAACCGCAUCGUCCCCAUCUGCCUCCCGGACGCCCAGGUCCAGUUCCUGCCAGAGACCAAGUGCUGGGUCACUGGCUGGGGGGAAGUCAAUGAUAGAGAGGAUGGCAAAGCCCUAGAGAUGCUGCAGAAGCUGGAGGUGCCCAUCAUCGCCCAGGCAACGUGCGAUGCCCUCUACCGCAGGGGCAAAAGGCAGAACAUCCAGGAGGACAUGCUGUGCGCCGGGUACACCGAAGGGGGCAAGGACGCCUGUCAGGGUGACUCCGGUGGGCCGCUGGUGUGUAAAAUGGGACAGAGCUGGGUCCAGGCAGGAGUGGUGAGCUGGGGAGAAGGCUGUGCUCAGAAAAACCGCCCCGGCGUUUACGUCCGAGUCACCAGUUACCACGGCUGGCUCCAAGAGACCGUCCCAGGCCUGGCGUUUGUCCAGGGCACCACGAAUGGAACAGUCCACAGAUCUGUGGCUAACAGGAAUCGCAGGGAAAAAAUCAAAGAUGGCAGCUCCAGUCAUGCGCCCAUAGUGCUAGCCAACACCCUGCUUCUUGUGGCUUGUGCCCUGCACCUCAUCUGA